AUGUCAUCCUCCACCUUCCGCCGUCUCACGUCUCGAUCAUUCCCACUCCUCACCGCAUCCGCCCUAUCGUUCACGCUCUACACCGUUCACACCCACUAUUCACCUUUACUAGCAGAAGCAGUCGAUCCUCUAUCAUCUCCAAUAAUCGAAAAGCAGAAAUCGAUCUCAGCUGUACCUCCACCAUUCUCAACAUAUGGAUGGGGAAGUAACAAGAACUUGACUCUGUUCCCGGAUAAUCAGGUGGCAAAUGUGAAGAAACCAGUGCCUCUGACACAGCUCGGUGCGACGCCUCUCAGAGAUCUAGUACUGGCUGAAGAGUACGGGGCGUGUGUGGAUGCAAGGGGGGAUCUGUGGAUGUGGGGAAAGGGGUACGACGAGUCUGGUGAAUUGGGUAGAUCGCUAAAAGGAAAAUCUCUCAAAUCACUAGCGCCAGCUGCAUCCAAACUCUACGCCCUAUCCAAACACGGUCAACUAUACGCCAUCCCAUCUUCCAAAUCACUCCAAUCCGAUCGUCAAGACAAGUCCACCCAAUCAUGGUGGUCAUACCUAUUCUCUACGGAUCCCGGUGUGGACUUCGUUGAACUCAGCGCAUCUGGUGGGGGGCUGGGUUGGGGUGAGAGAUGGGUAGACGUUUCUGUCGGUCGCAACCAUCUCUUAGCAGUGACGAACAAGGGACGUACAUUCUCAUUGGCAUUGAACGAAAAGGCAAACUCGCAUAGACAACUUGGUACAAAGCAGGAAUUCGAACAGCCUUCGAUCGUCCAAACGAUCCUAGGUGUUGAAUUCCCUUCGUCGAGGGAUAUACGGUUCCAAACCACUUUACAGGAAAUACCAUCAUUAAAAGGAAUAAAAAUCCAACAAGUAGCUAGUUCCGAAAGAACGAGUUUUGUCAGAACGGAUAGUGGGCAUGUCUUGGGUUUCGGUGCGAAUGAAAAUGGUCAAAUUGGUUUAGGAUCAACUUCAUCAGUAGAUAUUAUACCCGUACCGGUUGAGGUCGUUUUGGCCAAAUGUUAUCCCUCAGGAACCAAGAUACAAUGUACGGAUGUUAAAGCCGGUGGAUUGACGACUUUCUUUACGAUCAAGAGGUUCUUCCCUGGUAGACAAGGUCAUUUCAUUGAUGUAUUAGGUUGUGGAAGUGGGAUUAGUGGAGCGUUGGGAACGGGUAUGUAUACUAGUGCGACUGGUAUGCCUGUCAGGGUGAAGACAAUAAGCGGUCUUCAAGAAUAUUCCGAGAAAGCUCAAACUUUCCUACCUAUCGGGAUACACAAUCUCUCUAUAUCACCAUCAUCCAAUACCCACGUAUACGCCACGCUUGACACAGUGUCAUUGGCAGAUGCGAAAGGAGUUAAAGAAGGGAAAUACGGUAAAGACGUGAUGGCAUGGGGUGCAAAUGUGGAUUAUCAAAUUGGGAAUGGUAAAAGAUCAUCUACAGCUAUACCACAACAUUUACCUCCCCUUGGCGGUAAACCUUCUGCAGUACCUAGUGCCGGUUUGAUCGAUGCGUUGAGUGGGGAACCGAAAGAGGAAGAAUCGUUAAGCUCUGGUACGCAAUCGCCAAUGCCUCAUUCUCGACUACAAUUACAUAUCAAAAAGGCCAACGCGUAUGAUCUUUAUGGAAAUUUGAUUAAGAGAAAGGUCAAGUGUGAAGAGACGAUGGUAGCUGGAUAUAACGCUUCGGUGAUGUAUAACAAGAUAAUCGAUUAG